GCGCAAGACUCGGAUCCAGGUCCAGUUGAAGCGUGGCAAUGGACACACCUCAGACUCGGUCCCCUGGACGGUGUGGGAUGCCCGCGCAUGCGCGACCUCCGCAAAAGGGGUUAUGUCAUGUGGGACCAUUCGCGACUUGUAAACUGGGGGUUUUUCAGGUUUCAAUGGCAUCCAGCACCCAGAGAAGACUCGGACAGCAACGACGACGGCAGGGACGCUUUCAGAGAAGCGGUGAUGAUGAUCCUGUCCUGGCAACGAAGAAGGGUGCUCUAUGACCGAGGAGCAAGAGGAUGGUGGAGCGAAGACGACGAGAGCAAGCUUGUCUGGGACGAGUCAGCAGAAGUGAUAUUGAAUUAG